AUGGAUUCUUUGUGGAGACAGCUGAUUGUAUUCCUGCUCUCCUUUCUUAUGCCGUUAACCCUAAUCAAUUCCAUCUCUGCUCAGAGCGACUUCCUCCACGCCCGCUUAGGGAGUGAAACCUACCAAAACAACAGCCUUUACCAGAAAAACCUCGACACUCUCCUCUCAUCUCUUGCCUCCAACGUCAACAAAUAUGGCUUCUACACCACCUCUGUCGGCCAAACUUCCGACGACACAAUCAAUGCCGUCAUGCUUUGCCGCGGCGACGUGAAGCCCGACAUCUGCCGGAGCUGCGUCAACGACACCGCCGUCAAGAUCAAACAGUUCUGUCCAAACCUCAAGGCCGCCAUGGGGGGCUACGAUCAGUGCAUGCUGAGAUACCGCUCGCCCUACAAUAUUACCAAGGACAUGGAGAGGCCGAGCGUGUACGCGUAUAACGAUGAUUACAACGUCACGAGUCCGGAUCGGUACAAUGAGGUACUGAAGGAGUUGCUCGGGCGGCUGCGGAGCCAGGCGGCGAAGGGCGGCUCCGACCUCAAGUUCGCCACCGGCAGCCAGCAGGGCCCGGACAAUCAGAAUAUAUACGGGAUGGCGCAGUGCGCGCCGGAUUUGUCGGAGAAACAGUGUAACGAUUGUGUGGAUGAGGCCAUCGAUGAACUGCCGGUGUGUUGCAAUAAUAGGAUUGGAGGGAGAGUUCUUAAGGUUGUCUGCAAUAUUCAGUAUGAGACCAAUUUCCAGUUCUACAAUCAAACUCGAUCCUUGAGUUGA